AGCAUUUCCGUUCGCCAUUUUGUAAAUGGUUUGUUGUAGGAAGGUGUUGUUUCAUUCGCAUUUCAGUAAAUGUAUAUGGGGAUGUUUGAUGUUCCUUAAAUAAAUUGGGAUCUGCUACUCGUAGUACACUGUAGUGUAAUUAUUGAUGUAAUUGGAACAUAUGUGUAGGUCUUUACUAGUGGUGCAGCGGAACUUGGGAUUCGGCAUUGAAAUUAUCAUCUAGCUGUACUAGGUAGUCUCAGGAAGAAAGAAGAUAUAUUUUGAAUCACAAAGUCUGUAAGGACAUUGACGAUGAGUGUCAUCAUAAGGCUUCAGAAUCUGCCGUGGUCGGCGAACGCUCUGGACAUCCGACAGUACUUCAGAGGACUCUCCAUACCUGAGGGCGGUGUUCAUAUUGUAGGCGGAGAGCAGGGAGAUGCAUUCAUUGCUUUCAGUACUGAUGAAGAUGCGCGACAGGCGAUGAUGACAGAUGGCGGCAAGAUCAAAGAGGUGAAGAUCAAGCUGCUACUGAGUUCUCGGGCUGAGAUGCAGAAGGUGAUAGAACACGCUCGCCAGCAGUCUGUGACUCUACAGAAUUUCAUGCAGAUGCCAGCUCCUUCUCUGACUCCAACAACUUUACCAGUGCAUACACUGCCAGCAGCCAUACUAAAUCAGAUUCCUGCCAUCACUGCUGGUGCCACAGUGCCCACAGCAGCUACUGAUGUGGUCCAGCCAUCCCCAGUGUUGUCUGACAGGAGAGAUUCCCGAGAGGCAGAGCGUGACAAGAAGGAUACUGACAGUGUCAGUAGCAACAGUAAAGACAAGAAGGACAGAAGGGAGAGGUCCCGUUCCAGAGAUGGAGAUCGCAGGGACCGCAAGGAUCGGGACCGUGACAGGCAUAGGGAUAGAGACCGUGAUCGUGAUAGGCGUCGCCGUGACAGAAGCCGCAGUCGUGAUCGCGACAGAAGGCGCCGGGACAGACGAGACCGUAGCAGAUCAAGAGAUCGUAGUCGUUCCAGAGAUCGUAACAGUCGAGACAGGGAUCGUGAUUCUAAAAGAGGUUCACGGGAUGUGAAACGGGACUCUGUUACUCCUGCUAAUGAGCAGGACAAACCCAAAGAUCAGAAUGGGGAUGUAGUUUUGAUAUCCCAAUUUCCACAAGGAAAUGAGCGCAUGAUGAACCAGGGCAAGUUACAAGAUUGUUCUGGAAAAGGAGGGCCAUCCCAGCCUGGCUCAAUGAAUGCUGGCAUGUGGGACAUGCAGACAGGCCCUAUCAUGGCAAACAAUAUUAGUGGCUUUAAGCCUGGUGGAGGAAACCGCCCCACACAAAUGCAAAUGGAUGUCAGUUCUGGGCGAGACUUGGAUGGAAGACGACUUAUGGGAGGACCCAACUUUCCAGGUGAUAUGAUAAGAGCUCCCAUGUCUGGAAACCUUUCUAUGGGGAGUGCAGAAUCAAUUCAGAAUUCAUACCUGAGAAAUGAAGGGUACUUGGGAGGUCGGGAUUCUGGCAUGCCUUUACGUGGCCGAGAAAGCUGGCCUCCUGGACGACAGCCUGGGGAAAUGGGUAGAUUCUCACGAAAUGAGAGGGUUAGUGGUUACCCCCCAGGCCAGGGAGGAUACAAUGAAGCUGAUGAUUAUGAUGGACAUGGAGAAGUGGAAUCAAGAGGAUUUAGAGGGAAUUACAGAGGUAUGGGAGACUUCAGGAGAGGAGGAUUUCCACCAAGGGAAGGCAGAAUGGGAAGUUUGGCAGGAGGAAAUCUGAUAGAUAGGAUGGGUCCAGGGGGUCUCAUGCAAAAUGAAGUGGAUGAAAGAAGAGGUGGGAAUGCAUUUCAGCCAGGUGACAGAAGAAACCAAUUUAGAAUGGACAGAGGUGAGCAGGAUUUUGCAAGAAAUGAUCGUUAUGUCGACCAGUUUGGAAGAGAUCAACUCAAUGAUCGCUACCCUGGAAGACCAGGCACAUUUCCUGGAGAUAGAUUUCAGAGAGACAGAUUUUCAGGUGGUGAUAGAAACUUUGAACCUAGGCCUGAAAUGAGACAAGCUACUGGUACUGCCAUUGAGCUCCGCAAUAUGCCAAUUGAGACAGGUUAUAAUGAUAUUCGAAGGUUUUUCCAGGGACUACAGAUAGCUGGCAAUGGUUUGAAAUUGAUCAAUGACAAUCAUGGGAAUCGGGUUGGAAUAGCUUAUGUGAGGUUCCUGAAGCAGGAAGACAAAGACGAGGCUUUGAAAUACACAGGAAAGAUGAUACGAGGGUCCAUGGUUGAAGUUCUUCAUCUUAAUGAUGAAAUCUUUGACAAAGCUAUUGAUUCAUACAAACCACCCCAGGAAACAGAAUCAGUAGGAGAAAACCAAGAGAAAAAAGAACCAGAAACCUUUGUAUGUCUCUCUGUUAAAGAUUUGCCUCCAUAUGCCAAAGAACAGGACAUUAUUAAACUAUUCCAGAAUAUUCCCAUAGAGGAAAUUGUUAUGUUUGUAACCAAAGGUGAUACAAAGCAGUAUAUGGCCUUUAUCAAAUUUAAAAAACCCGAAGAUGCAAAGAAAGCUCUGUGUUGCAAUUCAAAACACACAGUUGGGCACAAAUCAGUCACCAUUGCAGUAUGUUCAGAGGAAGAGUUCCGGGAAGCAAAGGAAAACCAGAACAGAAUGGUUGAAGCAGAACCCGAAAUCAAGGAAAAACCUUCUCCUGAUGUGAAGGAGAAAUUGCAGGACUCAAAGUCACAAACCCAGGAUCCUCGCAGUCAUGGUGGUACAAUAGAACAACCUGUCAAGGAGCCGCCAAAAGCACUACAUCCUCCUACAGACUGUGUACUCCUUAAGGGUUUACCAGUUAAUGCAAACGAUCGUGACAUUCUGGAUUUCUUCUCAGAUGUUGGCUUGGUACCACUACGAAUUCAUAUUAUGUUGGAUAAAUUCAAUAAACCCACUGGAGAUGCAUUUUGUGAAUUCAGCAACAUGGAGGAGGCAGCACGGUCCUGUACGAAGAACAACACGCCUCUUGGGAAACAGGAUAUAAUAGUGCAGGCAGUCCUGAGGGAGGAAAUGAAUGAAGCCCUGGGUGUUGUAUCACAGCCUGAGUUACCAGUGCACCCACUGGGCCUCGCUCGACUACAGCAUCCAAGGGACUUCCAUAACAGGUCCAUGGGUUUAUUGGGAGUCUCACCUGGACCUCUUCUGGGUCGCAUGCCACUCUUGAGGCGACAUCCUGGUUCCAUGCAAUCUGGUGCAGUUCAGUCACAAGUUACUCCAGUUGAAGGUUUCGGGAAGCCAGGCUGUGUUGUCGCAGUGGAGAACAUUCCAUUCAGAGCUGACAUUGACGAGAUCCUAGAAUUCUUCGUGGACUUUGACGUAAGUCGUGAAAGUGUUAUACGACGCUUCAAUGACAAAGGUAUGGCCACAGGAGAUGCACGAGUGGCAUUCAUAAACCCAUCUGAGGCGCAACGAGCCAUCAGAGAACUCCGUUUUCAUAAGAUUAGGGGGAGACCUAUUUACUUAAGUCUCCUUUAAUGCCUAUUACAGAGUACAAUCCAGUAGGAACAUAGUAUUGAGUUUUGUAAAUGUGCGUUUGGAAUAAAUGUACAUGUAUAUACAUAUAUGUAGAAUUAUUACUAGCAACUGACCAUUUCUUUUAUUACAGCAAGAAAAAUAUGUAAAUGAGGCAGUCACUUAUGUAUGCAUAUCAGUAAAUCAAUGAUACUUUCUUUUGUUAAA